GAACCUUUGUUUGAAUCAUUUGAACAUGCUUCUCGUUCCAGCCGUACAUGUUUUACUUAAUAAGUGUGGGCAAUACUUAGUGUUUUCCUUUUUUGUUCUUGAAGUUCUUUUGUAUGUAUACAAAUCUUAUUACCUUCAUUACGGAUCAAGUGCCUGUGUAGAGGAGUUGUUUAUAUUGUUUGGUUGGUUGGUCUCAGAAGUCGCAAAACAUUUUUUCGGUUCUUUGAUAUUUGACCCUAACGGUAUUUCCAAACCGGCGUAUAUUUCCACCCUUGUGUUUUACAUUCCUUCGGCUUUAGGUGGCACAUUCUUUUUGUUCUGGCAGUCGUUCGUUACACAAAUAGAAGUCGUCACCUGUUCUACUCUCUUGUGUUUCAACUGUCUUCAGUUCAUUACAUCCCUAGUGGUUAUAAUCCCUAACAGAAAAAACCCAAACUGAAAUAUCUGAGGUAGACCUUUGCUAGCUACCUAACCGCAUGUCAUCUCACUGUGACUCUUCAUUUCCCGCUCUUGAUUGUAAUUAUUUUUCUUCGUAUAACCUUAUUGUUGCUUGUGUUGGUGUCGGCAAUGUAGCCCAGCUUGCAUGUGAUCUUUUAAUCUAUAACUUAGGUUGUGAUGUUAUUUGUAGUUUAAAUUUUGAGUACUGCCCAUCCGUAGUCGGCAUCAAUCCUUACCGAUUGCCUGGAGAUGUUCAUGAUAUGAUGACAACUUCACAGGUAUAUAUAUAUUUUUUCUGAGUGUUAUAUGAUAUAUACAAGUUUUACGGUAAUCUAAUGUACUAAAUUCAUAGUUGAUCUAACUUCAACUAUUCUGUGUCAUAAUGAACACAGUUUAUAAGAUUUAAAGCUGACUAAGCAGCUCAAACCUUGAACUGUUAGGAGGAAUCAGUGAAUAAUUUGUCCUUCAAGAUCUGUGUCUGGGUACUCAAAGAUCAUUCUUGAUCAUGGAAAGGUAUAACUUUUUAUGUUCCUUGUACAACUGAAGGGCAAAGCAAGUUAGUUAAUAAUAGCGAGACUGAUCACCCUCAUGACCUACUCAGCUCAUGUGAACCUGGAGCCUCCCUUCGAAGGACUCUGUGGAAGGUGUCUUUAACAUUGCAUCUGGUUAAUAUCUCCACAAUCUACUGAUUUUAGCUACAAAAAUAUCCGUACAGGUCUUCUGUGUCAACAUGUAUUUCCAAAAUGAAUACACUUUUAAGUCUAGUAUUUAAACUUCGUAGUGGUCUGUUAUGUUUAGAGGGAUCAUGAGCGACAUGAAUCGUAGUGAUUAUUCCCCCUGAAUCCUUCUGUACUACACAGACUGCAAACUUAAAGCUUCCAUGCGAGCUAAGUGCAGUUCGUUCUUUUGGUUCGCAUACAUUUUUGAUUCCCCUUUUUUGAGCACAUUACAAGAGGAUGAUAGGUUGAUGAUAAAUGAUCCAAGAACCGUUUUGCAAAUGAGGUCCUAAAUAAACAAUAAGAAAGGUUUUAAGUCAUCCCGAAGUUAGUCUAUAAAGAAAAUCCAAGAUGGUAUUCAAUUUUGCUGCAGAAUCCCAAUGGGAAGAAGCAGGUAUUUUUGAAGUAAAAAGUGGUACUAGAAUCACCCCGAAAUUACGUGACCGAUACAGUUCCACUACUAUUCACCAUUAUCACCCUUCGUUUGCUGCUACUGAAAGGACGGUUUCUAUUGGUAUAGUCACAUAACCUAUUUAAGUUUUUGUAAUGAAACAAAAUAUCAUUUGGAUCUAGCGUCUCUCUCAAGUUCUAAAAUCAUCUCCAUAUAAUAGAUUCUAAGGGCCUGUAGUGAUAGGCAAAUCUUUAAACAAUGGGAGCAUAAUCCUUAGGAUUUCACUCUGUUGUACUUCACUCGUCAUUGAAAACUAGUUAGAUAUGGCAAAGCAAACUCUGACAGCUAAUGAUCUCCCCUAUAAGUAAUCUGAAAGUCACUAAGCACCCGAUAGUUGCUGCUAAUCCCGGUUUCAGGUGAGCGAUUCGAUAAUUAACUUUAUUGAAUAUCUCCAUAAAAAUUAGUAAGGUCAUGUGCAUAGGUUGAAUGUACUCCAAUGAGAUGGUACAUUUAUUCUAAACAGUUAACAGGCCUGUAUCACGUGAUCUAUGUAAGAGAAUUCCAUGUUGUGGUUAAAAAACUUUACAGUUAUUGAAUAGAUAGUUGUUUAUGGGUUCUUGAAUUCUUCCAUGACUUACUCCGAAAGGCUAAGAAAUUAGUUCACAAUUGGAAGUUCCUAUCUUGCUGUUUACGUCACAGUCAAAUAAGAAUACUAGUUCUCAUUCAGUCGUUUUAUUAGCAUCACCUGCUUUUUGUCAAUUAUUAUUCCGAAACAAACUAUAUUUAAAGUGUUCAGUUAAUAAGGUUGGUCACUACCUUUGUAAUGGACGGCCUAUAUAGACGAUACACACAACACCCCACGUGUGUUGUUGACUUCUUAAUGAUCACAGUUUCACCUUAGUUUGUUUAACAACAUAAAGCAUCCUAUCCCAAACUUUUGGGAAUUUCACAUCCUGUUUUAAUCUAGCCCACGUUACAAAAACUAAUAUGACAGAUCCAUAAUUAAUUAAUUUCAAAGUUUUUGAGACAUAUUACUAAUGCGUAUAUCUUUAUUUUUCCAAGAUAUGGUUUUUCUUAAGAUCUUAUAUGUUCGUACCCCUUUAGAAAUGUUCUAAAUUAUUUUCAAAGCGAAGAGUGUAAUCUUUGAAGAAUGAGAACUUUCACCAUUAAAUAAUCUAUGGCUACUCCACUAGUGCAUCCAUUUCGUUUUUAUAUAUCGAGACUUUUCUAGGUCGUGAAAUUCAUCACACUAAUGUUAUAUUUUCCCGGAAAAUGACGACUCAUGGGUCGUACAUCAAUUUAGGCUCCCGCUCAUUUGUACCCUUACCAUAGCAAGGAUCAGUAAAGAAUUCUUCAAUUUACAUUUAUGCUAAUCCUGAACUUCACCUAGCUGUGUUACAAAUUCGAGCCCCUCCCUUCACCGGUUCCAAACGAAAGCAUGUCAAGGAGCUUGUGACCUUCCUGAAAUCUAUGAAGUUUAAAACUGUGGUUUUACUUUCAAGUAGCUUUGCGACUAUUCUUAAAGAUGAGGAGCUAAACUCAGCACCACUGCAGUAUGCUUUGUCGUCGUCAUUCUGCGCUUCUGAUCGUAAACACUUUGAUGAACUGGAUUGGUAUCCCCUUAAGACGUACAGUGACCACCUAGAUUGUCAAUUGUCUGUUGUUUAUUAUUUACCUGGGUGUGGAAUUGCAAGUUAUUUAUUUGAAGAAUUACUCAAACAUGAAGAGAUAUCUGCUUGUCUGUUAAAUCUUUUUACAUCCGAAGGCGAUAACAGUGGCGAUGCACUUUAUGUUGUGCAGCAUUUGAAUAAGUGGUUACAAUUCAAAGCACAACACGGAGUUAAAGACACAAGUUUCCAAUGGUCUCUCCCCCCUUCUUGGAGCUAUUUGUUUGGAACUGAUCCUGUUGAUGAAUUGUAUUAGACUUCUAUUAAAUAUUUACAAAAGAUUAGUUUUCUAGC